AUGGCAACGAUUAUCGCGUUGGUGUUUGCGUUCCUAUGUGUGCUCCAGCAUGUCGCCGGUCGUCCAGACUUUGGUUUGAACGGCAAUAUUGUGGGGAGUUCGAUAGCGAUUGACAGCUCCGGUAGUACAUCUUUCAUCAUUGGCACGCUCAGCGAUUAUAAGAUCAAGCUCGGCUCGCAGUACAAGGUACUCUACAACAUGCAAGACGCAUACUACGCAAUCGGUGAGAAGUUCACCACGGCUGGAAUCGCAAUGACAGACAAGCUUUCGCUCCUAGCGGACGACGAUUCGGGGAUCGUCGGUCCACCGUUCGAUUCUACCACUGCGGCCAUAGCUAAUCUGCAAAAUGUGCUCAGUACCGGCUUUACCCAGGAGUUCCUAACACUACGGCCACGCGAUAAGUCGUUUAUCACUGACAGACUAGCGGAUAGCUUCAACUACAUUAGCCAAACGUUAACGACACUGGACGAAAUUCUACGUAAGGUUCAAAUGGCAGCGCUGAAGACGCAAUUACAGGCAGGUGGCGAUGGGAAGUCUGUGCCGAAAGAGUUUGCACGCGGCAUUGUUACACCCCGGUUGAUCAACACACUGCUCGACACGAUCGUUCGCAUACCCGGUGCCAUCUCGCCACUGAUAUACUCCAUCCACGAACCGCUAGCCCAGCUGGAUAGAUCCGAUACGUACAUCACUACCGCAAAAAGUGACAUUGAAGCGGCUCUACUGCAUGCGCAUCAGGAGGUGGUGAACUUUAACGGCAACCUACGCCAGCUGAAGCAGGACACGAACGGUGUGGUAUCAACGCUCGGGAUAACUUACAGUGACCAAAAAACGCUGAUCGCCGAUAUAUUGCCGAAGGUGCAAGCCUCUUCCAACUAUCAGUACGAAUUGACUAACGCGAUGGAAACGUUUGACUUUGCGCUGUCGCCUGCUUCGAUCGAGGAGAAAACGUCACUGCUAGACAUAGCGGUUGCGGAUUACAUCGAUCAGUCCAAAACGUUCGAUGAUGAUUUAGUAACGGUGUACGGUGAUCGUAUCUGUCCCGCGUUGCAAAGUGUCGUCCAGGUGCUUAUUGCAAGCGGACCGUAUGCUUCCUACUGCUUCAAAAAAUACUCCCAAAGGGUGAUCGAUUUAGCCGUGCACAAUUUCUACGACAUUGGCGAAUGCUACGCGCUGGAGCUGAACCGUCUUUACUCGGUGAACCGACUCAUCUCGCACAUCGUCAAUAUGGUGAUGUUCAAUGUGGCCGAACUCUACGACAAUCUUAACACGUGCGCCAACAUUCUACCGUGUCCAACUGCAUGUGAUCCUUGCGUUGAUACGCUCGGGGUAUUUCUUGACACCCUGUUCCGGUUGAUGGAGGAGAAGUUCGACCUUAUACUGCAGAUAAUCCCGUACGAGACAAAGGCUAGCCUUCAGCGGCUCAAAUCAUGUGCCGCUUUCAGUAAGUAUAAGUUGAUUGCUGAUGCGUACGAUCUGGUGAAGGAUAUCUCCAAAUGCGAGGACACUGGAUAUAAGCAAACGCAAUAG